AUGCUUCCGAUUCCCUACAAGCCAGCGCUCAUGAUCGACCUCGCGAGCGAGCUGCUUCGAGUUCUCGAGACGACGUUUGCCGACCCGGAUGCGCACCCAGACAACUGGCGGGAUGAUGCAGAAGCGCUUGCGAAGCUCAGAGAAGCUAUCAUCGUCCCUCCGGCCGAGUCUGCAACAUACAGCGUGGCACGCGCUUCUUCUAUCGACGAAAUAGCAGCCUAUUACACGCAGCUCGAACAUCUGUCCAUCAAGUUUCCAGACGACAUGGCCAUCGAUUUCUCGUGGUAUUCGCUCUUCACAGGUCACAACGACACGACAGCGCCCGGCGCGUUCCUGCCAGGCACGAUGCCUACUAAAGGGAGACCCAUUACUUCACACAACUUGGCCUAUGAGAAAGCUUGCGUCCUCUUCAAUCUCGCGGUAACAUAUGCAGAUUUGGCAUACGAAGCAGAUCGGUCCACGCUAGACGGCAUCAGACGCGCAGCGCAAAGCUUUCAACAUGCUGCCGGCGUAUUUGAAUAUCUACGCGAGCUCCGCAACGAUGUGUUCAGUCCUGACUUGGAUUGCAAUGUGCUCGAGAUGCUUUCGGCCUUGUGUCUGGCACAGGCGCAAGAAUGUGCAUGGCAGCAGGCUGUCAUGGCACGAAAGAAAGACGGCACAAUCGCAAAGAUAUCAAUGCAGGCGUCGGAGUUCUACGCGCGUGCCUUGGCAGCUUCUGCUGCAGCCAAUGCAGCCCUCUCUGCCACGCAAUGGUCCAGCUUCGCCAUUCCUACGGCAUGGAAGCAUCAUCUACUGGUCAAGAGACAGCACUUUGCUGCUGCUUCACAGUAUCGGCAAAGCUGCGACGAUCUGGCAGCAGCGCGAUAUGGCUCAGAAAUCGGUCGUCUGCAAAUCGCUCAAACGGCAAUUAAAGAAGCGCUUGCGAUCGUCCAGAAAGGCAGCGCCUCGCAAUACGACUUGCAAGGGCUGCAGAACAUCGUGCAAGAUAAUCUUACCCGGGCUGUCAAAGAUAACGACCUCAUCUAUCUCGAGCCCGUCAGAACUGUCUCGACCCUGGUCAAGAUCGAGCCUGCGUCUCUUGUCAAGCCAUUAGUUCCCGACUUCGUACAGCGACCCAUAGAGUAUCUUCAGGCCAAGCGAACACCGCCAGCUCGCGUCCUCUUCGAGACAUUAAUUCCGUAUGGCGUGCAUCUCGCGAUCAGCCUCUACGACGAUCGCAAGCGGAAUCUUAUCGAGCAUGAUCUGACAGCUCGCAUUGACGAGCUCGACCAACACGCCAGUAUGCGUCUACAAACACUCAAUUUGCCCGGUGCGAUCGAAGCGCUCGAGUCGCAAGUCGGAUUGCCGCCUUCGCUACUGCGCAAGGCACAAGAGCUCCGAUCCGAAAGAGCGACGUCAAAGCUCAGAUCGAUGCUGCAGGAUGUCCGCCGCAUCGCACAGAGCAAUGCCCUCCUGAUGGAAGAGGCGGAAGAUAUUCUGGAUGGCGACAAGACGGAGGACGAUGAGCUGAGGGCGCGAUAUGGCUCAGAUCAUUGGCCUCGACCUACCUCAGAAGAAGCUCAGCAAGUCCUAUACGACACCGCAAAAAAGUAUUUGGAGACGCUCAAGGCUGCUGCUGCUAGCGACAAGGUCGUACGAGAGAAGUAUCAGGAAUGGGAGGAGCCCAUCAGUAUUCUGGCAGGACCCGAAGAUGAGCUAGAGAGUCGAGUGCCAUCUGCUCGUUCCAAUCUGCGCGCUUCGCCUGCUCAGACGAGCGUCAUUCGCGAGAUCCGCGCCAAGUUGGAGCAACUCGACGAUCUAAAUCAGGAACGACAAGCUAUCCUGCGUGAAGCUCAACGUACUCUUCAGCUGGACGAUAUCAGACCUGCCAUUCUGCAGCAAUCGUUGUCUUCUGCAAAGGUGUCUGUCGAGCCAGCACAAUUCGAGGAUCUCUUUGACUCGCGACUGGCCAAGUACGCGACGUAUGACAAUCGCCUACAAGAGUGUGCGCGACAGCAGGGUAGCGUGCUCGAGACCGUCGUUGGCCUCAAUGACCGCUUCCUCGAUGCACGUCGAUCAGAUCCUUCUACGCAAGCACGGCAGGAAACGCUGCAAUGGCUCGAUGUGGCUCAUGCCAAGUACAAAGAGAUCGUGCACAAUCUGUCGGAAGGCCUACAAUUCUACAACAGUCUUGCACAGCUCAUCACCGGUCUGCGCGAUCAGUGUCGGCAAGCAACGAGCGCGCGCCAUGAUGAGGCCCGUGCGAUGAUGAGCGAGAACAACAUGCAAGCAUUGACGGAGCAGACCCGUGCUACUCAUAUCCAUCCUCGCCACUUCAAUGCUCAGCAACCAGGCAUCUGGGACGGAGGACCGAUCCGUUUCGGAUGA